ACAAGGAAACAGUUGCAAAUUUUGUACCGUAAUGCGAUAGGAUGCUUGGUAUUUUCCCAUUACAACUGGACCUUGAUUACUCAAAUGAACUGUUCAAUUCUAUUCUAUUCGACCACUUGAGUUGUUUUGUUUCGCAAAUUCCAUCUCGGCCGCCGGUGAAAGCAUCAGCAACUGAGCCAUCAGCGCAACAAACGACGAUUACGGCGGCGGCGGCGACGACUACGACGACGACGACGAUCACGACGACUGCCAAGCGAAGGAGAAACAGGCGAAGGCGGAAAUCGUCGGUGGCACGGACAGUAGCGGGGGCGCAGCAGCAGGCCGGCGACGGGAUCGAGAUCUAUCUUGAAGGGACGCUUCGAAAGCGAGAAACGGAGCUUCCACCGCUACUAUUACUGGCACACAGGCAGCGGAGCAGCGGAGAAGCGAAAAGAUGUUUGCCGAGAAACUGCUCGCCAGCGUCGUCAAAGCGGAUGUGAUAGCAGCGAACAGCAGUGAUGCGGAGGAAAUGCUGGAGAAGUUCGUUCCAGUUGGAAUGUUUAAUGGAUCAAUGGGCGGCCAGAAACCGCAAACCGUCAUCACGGAUUUGGGCAAGGCGCUUCUCCAGGCCGCCAAAACCGGCAAUACGGAAAAAGUUCAUGAACUGAUGAGUCGAGGAGCACCGUUUACAGCUGAUUGGUUGGGAACUUCGCCGCUACAUUUAGCAGCUCGAUAUAACCAUAUCGAGACGUGCAAAGUUUUGCUGCGGGCCGGAAUCAGCAAAGAUAGCAAGACGAAGGUAGACAGAACACCACUACACUUUGCCGUGUACCAGGGAAACAUGGAAAUCGUAGAGUUACUACUGAAUAGCAAAUGUGAGGUGGACGCUAAGGAUAUGCUUAAAAUGUCCGCCUUGCACUGGGCAGUUGAGAAACGACACGACAAAAUUGUCGAAAUGCUCCUGCAGCACGGAGCCGAUCCAAAUGCUUUGUCAAAGUUCGGCAAAUCCCCCAUCAGCAUUGCAACCGAGAUGGGUCAAGUGGAUUUGGUGCGUAUCCUUUUGCUGGCCAACCAGAUGCGUGCAGCUAGCAGAGAGCAAGUUCAAGAAGCAACUGACAAUUUGAUGUACGAACUGCAGGAACAUAAGAGUAGAAAUAACGUCAACCUAGAUGACGCCGAGGACAACAUUACGAUGGAUCUUAGCAACGACGAUAGCAUAUCCAAUAUGUCGUCCUCUCACAGAGGAGGAGGAGGAGGGAUAGAUCAGCAUGACAGCAACACCAACGACACCGACAAUCUCAUUGAAAAAGAAGACAGCAUCAGUGAUGCAAUCAUCAAUCUGGAACAAAACACAGAGCAGGAUCCGAAAAACUUAGAUUCAAACACGUUGCAAAUGCUGAAGGAGCACGGCAUUGCAAUGAUCCCGUCGGAUGAUUCGGGAAGUCUGAUCACGUCGGCUAUUCAGAGUGGACGAAAAAUUGUCCUCUCGGAAGCCGGCAAAUUUGCUCUCAACGAAACUAGGGUGCAUUCACCAGCGGGCACUGGUGCCGCGGGGACACCCUCAGCUAUGCAAACCACGAAGAAAACAAUCAAACUAAUCAAAAAGACUACGCCUUACUCCUUACAACAACAGCAACAGCAGCAGCAUAGGCAAGCUAUCGGAAGUGGAGGGACGAUAAAAACCAAUAAAGUUAUAAAAAUAUUGUCUGCUGAGGAGUUUAAACAAAUUUGCGGUGGGGAGGUGGGAGGUCUGAAGAAGUUUCCUUCAUCCGACUAUAGGAAAACAAUGCAAUCAACGACAACGACGAGAAUGCCACAAUUGGCCCAUCGGCCGGUAGGUUCGUUAGCCUCAUCUGGAUCAAAAACUAUCAAAAAGAUUGUUAUGACGAAGAAUAGACUUGCGACGACCGGUGGAAGCGGAACGCCCUACUCCAGUGAAAAGCUCAGUACUGUAAAUAGUUUCAGUAGCAAUAGCAAUAGUAUGAACAAUAGUAACAAUAACAGACAUAUAAUCACCUCGGCCGAUGGUGUAAAACGGCUUCGAACGGCCACCGGCAUGGAGAUAAUCUCAAAACUGCCUACCAAGAUACCCCAGGAUACGGUGGUAUCGGUGGAAGGUGCUGCCGUUCAGCAGUCCAGACAGGCCAGUGGCAUAGUUCCGCUGUCGACGGUAAGUGCCAGCCAGCCGCGAUCGCAACAACAGCAGCAGCAGGUGGUAAGUAGCAAUCCAAACUUUUCUUCCAAUUCCGCACUCAGCGGAGGAAACGCGGCAAGUACGGUCAGCCUCGCCAGCAAUAGCAGUUCUCCGGCAAUGACAUUCAGUGAUUUGGAACGGCAUUUUCUCGAGUUGAAAAAGCAAACGGACGAUUUGCGGAAACAGUUCGAACUGUCCCAGAAGCAGAACGAAGAGUACAGGGCUCGCGUUGAUAAGCUCGAGAAGGAGGUUCAAACGUUGAAGCAGAGUAGUAAUAACAAUCCUAACAAUUUUAUAGAGAUAGUUUAACGGUAAGGUGAAAAAGUGUGGCUUAGAGAUUAUUUAUUUAGUGGGCAGUCCCCGUUGCCUGCCGCAGAGUUUCCGCCAGUUAAUUUUAGCGGUAAUGUAUUUUUUUUUCGUUGUCGAUCACGGUACGCCUAAGUUGCUCUCGAUGGAAGGAAAUAUAUACAGAGAUAUUACACGCGACGUUCUCUUCUCUAGCUUGAAGUACAAGCGAAGCGAUUCGAUGCCCCGAUUCCACUUCAUAGUAUGCAAUUAUAACGUUUUAACAGGCAAUACUGAACGGUAGAGUUAGAACCUAGAGCAGUUGUGAUUCGAUGUUCGGAUUGAAUGCAGUUUCUACGGUAGUUUUUGUAAUCAAUUACGGUGAUGACUUGUUAAGUACACACAGAAGGAUAUUUUUUUGGCUAUUUUCAAGUUCUUUUAGUACCUAUAUGCUGCUACAUUUUAUUAUUUUACUACGCUUUUUAAUACUGUUUGCGUUCAAAAUGGACCACCUUUCUAUACCUACGUUUAUAAUAUAAAGUUGGUCAUAAUUAAACUUGACCAAACUCGUGACUUUAGUCAUGACCUUGAAAUGCGGUCAGGCAUAUAUUAUUAAUAUUUUUUUUUGAAACGAUGAUUCUACAAUUGAUGAAGGGACGGUAAGGGAAAGUGAUGAAGAAGGAUUUUUUU